CCCUCCCCCUCCCUCCGAUUUUGCCGCUCGCCCGUGGUUGUAUAGACGGCUUCGCUGACAUUGACUUUACAUUUAAGGACCACUACCGGUAGUUUUUCCACAAAAAUGAAGAAGAAAGCAAGCUAUGGUGGAGCCUCUGAUGAUGAAAACGAGUUUGAUGUAGACGAGCCAGAGGAAAUUCAAAAUAAUGCAUCUGAUGACGACUGGACUCCAGACAGAGAUAAUUCCAGCGGAAGACGUACAUCCACUAGGCUUAGGAACCUGCCAAAAUCUCGUGCCCCGAUAGUGGACGCCAGUUCAACGGACGAGGAAGGCUCAGACGAAGGAUUUGGAUCCAAACGUAAAGCGCCGGCAAAAGGUCGACCACGAGGCCGGGCUCCAGUUAAAAAACCCAAGAUUGCCAACACGACCUUUAACUCGACCCUUAACUCGACCCCUACUAUCAAGAGUGAGAAGUCUGUGAGUUCGGAUUCCGAGCCUUCCUCUACCACAAACACUCCUACAUCCACUACGCCCGUCUUGACCAACUUGUCAUCUUCGUUUGCCAAGCAUAACAAGGAUUUUACAUCUGGUGCUUUUGUGAUCCUGAAGACGGACGCUGCGAAUCUAGAACAGGACCCUCCUCUGUGGAAGAUUGACGGCAAAGCUCUCCUGCAGAAAUACAUCCCUUUCCAGCAAGAGGGCAAGACAUACUAUAAAAAUACUUCAGUGUAUUCCGGUUGGACACUUAACAAUAAAGACAACUAUUUCCCGGUGACUGUGAUCUUUAAGCAACAAACGCGGAAGGAGCACAUAGUAGAAUUCCACAGAAACCAGAUAAAGCUGGUUGAUGCAGAUGAUGAGAACAGUUCGGGAAGCACUGCAAACUCAACAAACGCGGAUAAAUCAACACCGUCCGCCAAAGAUGGCGAUAAACCUGUAAUCAAGGUGAAGUCGUUUGCGAUUGUUCAAGACGAAGAAUCCAACUCACUAUCCAAGUCUACGGAUAGGCCAUUGACACCAAAUAGCGGUUCGGCUGUGAAUACACUCACGAUUAACAAGGAUUUUGUUUCGGGAGCAUUCCUGGUGCUGCGGACGGAAGCCUCCAACGUAGACCCGCCUCUGUGGAAGAUUGACGGCAAAGCCCUGCUGCAGAAAUACAACCCCUUUGUUGAGGAAGGCAAAACUCUGUACAAGAAUACAGCUGAGUACUCCGGCUGGACACUGUCCAACAAGGGCAACUAUUUCCCGGUGUCUGUCGUGUUCAAACAGCAGAACAAGAAAGAACAUGUUGUGGCUCUGGACAGGAUCAAAUGGGAUGAACCAGAAGAUUCGGGUAAGGAAUAAGGAUAGACCAGCUGUGCUCAGCAUUGAGUUCAAGUUUGUUACCUGUUUGUACAAUGCCAUUUUGUCCAGUGCAUCUUCCAGUUUUCUGUAUAUACUGAAACUUAGCUAGUAUUAUUUCAAAGUAAAUCUCAGGAUAGUCUAAAGUUGGUUGUAUAUGCUAUGGUAAAAGUAAGUGUAGACCAUUCACAUCCUAACUGCCCAUAGAUUAUUUUCCAAGUUAAGCUAUUGUUUGUAUUGUAAGUAAGUGAUUGAAGUUGCCUUUUUUCAGCUGUCUAAUUAUAUCGGAUGCCAUUGUUUUGCAUUUUGAUAAAAGUAAAUUUAAAAAAGUAAUAGUACGACUUUAAUCCAAGUUUGUUACCAUUUAUGUAGGUGUUUACAGUUAAAUUACUUCUAUAUUUUAUUUGCUUAUUUCAGUUAUUUUGGUAUUCUUGAAUCUUCUUGAACAAGCUUGCUGUUAGACUCUUUUUUUCUUAAUUGUUGCAUAUGCUUAUACUUUCAAAUCAAUACUCCUGGAGUGUUACACAUUUGUUUACUUUGAGAAAAGGCAAUUUAUUUGGCAUCAAAAUCUCAUUUCUGUCAGGUAGGUUGCAAUUUAGAAACUUUAAAUUUUGAGUUAUGUUGAUCAGUGUUCCAAAGAUGUUACAACUUUUUUAUCAUUAUUUUAUAUUAUAAGUAUGUGUUGUUUUGUUAACUAUUUAAAUAAUUUAAAUCUAGGUUGCUUUGAUGACCAGGACAUAUAGAUAUUAUUCACAUUAUAUGUUAUCAGAUCCACUUUUACAACUUGAACUACAUAUUACAUAAUAUAAAAGAAGUUUUUUACUGGGAUCAAAUUAUGUGAGGUGCUUUUUAGGAGUUGUAAGAAAUGCAGUGAGCGUUACUUAUGCACUAGAUGUUUGGUAAAAAAAUUAAAAUAAAAAAAAAUCUUCGCUGAUUCCUUGUAUUUAGGUCUAGUGCUAGGUAUAUUUGAAAAUUGUUUUGUAUUUGAAAAUUCCUCCUAUAUUUGGAAGAGGAUUUUAUUUUUUAAAUAAAGAACAUUUCAUAUGUGA